CUGCUAGAGCAGUCAAAGCAGAACCUUUAGGCGUAAGAGUAUCAGUGCAAUAAGAAUGGAAGUAGGAAACUAUGCGAAUGUACCAAUCAACAGAGGGAUGGACAAGGUUAGAGAAAGUCCUAAAAUUCUUCCUCUUGUUGGAGUCAGCUUUUUGCUGGUGUGUAUCGUACAAUCAGCUCUCCACAUUUAUUUCUGGCAGCAACAAGUUGGGCUUUCUAAAGUCUUUAAUGUCUCAGAAUGCAAUGCCACCUUGCUAUCAGAAAAUGACAUCAGAGAACAGGCUGUAAAGGAAAACUAUGUUGAAGAAAUGAGUCAACUGAAACAGGAUAAAGCCAAACUGAGAAAAGAGAACAAUCAACUGAAGCAGGAAAAAACUAAUCUGGUUCAAGAGAAAAAUAAACAACUUGAAAAUGAACAGAAUUUAAAAAAUGAAAGGAAUCAACUCUUCCAAGAGAGAAAAGUCCUACAGGAUGACAAUAACAAACUCAAAGCGAUGCAUCAAGAGAAUGAAGAGAGAAUGAAGCGCCUGACGGAGGAAAACAGAAAGCUGCAAGAUCAGAUAUCUACAUGUGAAAUAACAGCUUCAUUGCCCCACCUGCCAUCCACCCCGGAAUGCCCACCAGUAACUCCCCCAGUAUGUUCCCAAGGAACUCUCCCAGAAUGCCCCCCUGGAUGGCACACAUUGAAGGGGAGCUGCUACUGGGUUUCUUGUGAGCAAAGCACCUGGUUUGAUGCUAGAACCAGAUGUGAGUCGAACGGCGCGGAUCUCGUGAUUGUCAAUGAUGAAACAGAACUGAGUUUCUUGUCCAGUGUUGUGGGAACAAGCAGCACUUGGGUCGGCUUGUAUGUCAGACACGACAUCUUCUCUCAGACUCUGGUGUGGGUGGAUGGAAGCACAAUGACCUUUAGACCCAAUGAUCAUUUUUACGAUGGGACCAGUCAGGAGAGUUGCACGUCCAUGAAGUCAAGUCUGUACUACUCAAGCAUUUGCUACCAAACCCAUGGUUGGAUCUGUGAGAAGAAGUUGGAAAAAACGUCCUAUUUGCGCACAUAAGUAAAAAUGUUUUUGCCAAGAAAUCUUCCACUUAUUUUAUGUAGAGACUUAUUCCAACCCUAGCAUUAGCAAAAAUCAUUUCCUGGGUGUUUAAUGUCUGUUUUAAUAAUGCUUUUAAUUGUUGCAGAAAGUAGCUGUAGGCCUAUUUGAUUUUGUCUGUUAUACUUUUCUCUGAAUUAUAAGCUGUUUUGACAAUAGGUAAUUGCUGUCACACGUCUAAUCAAAAAUAUUUGGUAAAAAAAAAUUGAAAAGUUUAUCACAAAAUAUUAUUUUUGAUAACAUUUAGAACAAAUACGAAAUUAGACGUUCCUCAAGAUUCUUCUGUCAAGCCACUCUUAUUUAUCAGCUUGUUCUCAAUUUCAGUUUGUAUUUUAGUGAAAAAUAAAAAUGGCUACUUCCGAUCACUGAGUUGGUGUAUCCGUGAUAUGAGUAAGUGGACGGACCAAAAUGUCCUCCAGCUUUAUGCAAAAUGGACACACAUCUGGUUGCCUUCAACCUAAGUCUAUUGUAGAAGACAUAACUCAGAUGACUGAAAAUAAAGACAGGCAAAAAACCCGACAAAAAUCAAACAAACAGAAACAAAACAAUGAAACAAUGAAGCAAACAGAACCCAGAAGUUAUUGUUUUUGGUCCUUCAAAUAAAGCACCCAUCUGUCCAGGAAACCUAGUCCUGAAGAGGUUCUCGUGUAGUUCAGAUUAUCAGAGUAUAACCAUCUGAAGAAUCUUGCCAGGUUAAAUGGUUUCCUAUCAAAACAAGACACAAAAAUCAAGUGUAAGCUUUAAUUUUCAUUAGUGGUGUAUUUACAUGUCUGCCUUAAAAUUUAUUUUUUUAAUGCUAUGCUUAUAUUUGCUUAAAAAGUUUCUUUUUUUUUUUCCUUGUUUCAAAUACAUUUUAAACACUGUUCAAUUAUUUGUCUGUUCAGAACUGUUUGUCUGUUGAAUCACCUUGUGUCUUUAACAGAUUCUAACUGCAAUUACCACUAUUA